GAACUGGACAUGGUCACUGAAUGCAGGCUACAGUUGCUGGGGUUUUGAGUUCUCUCCGACACCAGCAAACCGGGCAGCAGGUGGGGAGACCUGGUGAGGGCUAUGUCGGAGAACUGAGCAGAGGAGUUCAGGGUAAUGGAUUGUCCCUGCUAGUGGGUACCUGGGAGCCCAGGCCAGCGUGCACCAGGCCAGGGCAGGCCCACUGAUCACAGCUGUAGAGCUGAGAUGGGGAAUGCCGCUCUCUGCCAGUCUUGCCAUGCGAACAAGAGCGUCAGAGCACAGGGGAACAUGCUGGAACUGGAUACGACUCCAGACUACUAUGGCUGUAACAGUGACCAUGUCAAAGAACCUGUCUUCCGGUCCGACAGCAAUGCCAGCUUCCUCCGCGCUGCCAGAGCAGGCAACCUGGACAAAGUUGUGGAAUAUCUGAAGGGGGGCAUCGACAUCAACACCUGCAAUCAGAAUGGACUCAAUGCUCUCCAUCUGGCAGCCAAGGAAGGUCAUGUGGGCCUCGUGCAGGAGCUGCUGGGAAGAGGGUCCUCCGUGGAUUCUGCCACUAAGAAGGGAAAUACUGCUCUUCACAUUGCGUCACUGGCCGGACAAGCGGAAGUUGUCAAGGUGCUAGUUAAAGAAGGAGCCAAUAUCAACGCGCAGUCACAGAAUGGCUUCACUCCUUUGUAUAUGGCUGCCCAGGAGAAUCAUAUUGAUGUUGUUAAAUAUUUGCUAGAAAAUGGAGCUAAUCAGAGCACUGCUACAGAGGAUGGCUUUACUCCUCUCGCUGUGGCACUUCAGCAGGGACACAACCAGGCGGUGGCCAUCCUCUUGGAGAAUGACACCAAAGGGAAGGUGAGGCUGCCAGCUCUGCACAUUGCGGCUCGGAAAGAUGACACCAAGUCUGCUGCCCUCUUGCUUCAGAACGACCACAACGCUGAUGUACAAUCCAAGAGUGGCUUCACCCCUUUGCACAUAGCUGCUCACUAUGGAAAUGUCAAUGUGGCAACUCUUCUUCUAAACCGAGGAGCUGCGGUGGACUUCACGGCCAGGAAUGGAAUUACUCCCCUGCAUGUGGCUUCCAAAAGGGGAAAUACCAACAUGGUGAAGCUCCUACUGGAUCGAGGUGGCCAGAUUGAUGCCAAAACUAGGGAUGGGUUGACACCACUUCACUGUGCUGCACGAAGUGGGCAUGACCAGGUGGUGGAGCUGCUGCUGGAACGAGGUGCUCCCUUGCUGGCAAGGACCAAGAAUGGGCUGUCUCCACUUCAUAUGGCUGCCCAGGGGGACCACGUGGAAUGUGUGAAGCACCUGCUACAGCACAAGGCACCUGUAGAUGAUGUCACCCUGGACUACCUGACGGCCCUGCAUGUUGCUGCACACUGUGGCCACUACCGUGUCACCAAACUCCUUCUGGACAAGAGAGCCAACCCGAAUGCGAGAGCCCUGAAUGGUUUUACUCCACUGCACAUUGCCUGCAAGAAAAACCGCAUCAAAGUCAUGGAACUGCUGGUGAAAUAUGGGGCUUCAAUCCAAGCUAUAACAGAGUCUGGCCUCACACCAAUACAUGUGGCUGCCUUCAUGGGCCACUUGAACAUUGUCCUCCUUCUGCUGCAGAACGGAGCCUCUCCAGAUGUCACUAACAUUCGUGGUGAAACAGCACUUCACAUGGCAGCCCGGGCUGGGCAGGUGGAAGUGGUCCGAUGUCUCCUGAGGAAUGGUGCUCUUGUGGAUGCCAGAGCCAGGGAGGAACAGACUCCUUUACAUAUUGCCUCCCGACUGGGUAAGACAGAAAUUGUCCAGCUGCUUCUCCAACAUAUGGCUCAUCCAGAUGCAGCCACUACAAAUGGGUACACACCACUGCACAUAUCUGCUCGGGAAGGGCAGGUGGAUGUGGCCUCUGUCCUCCUGGAAGCUGGAGCAGCACACUCCUUAGCUACCAAGAAGGGUUUCACUCCCCUGCAUGUAGCAGCCAAGUAUGGAAGCCUGGAUGUGGCAAAACUUCUCUUGCAGCGCCGCGCAGCCGCAGACUCAGCAGGGAAGAAUGGCCUUACCCCGCUCCAUGUUGCUGCUCACUAUGACAACCAGAAGGUGGCGCUGCUGCUGCUGGAGAAGGGUGCUUCCCCUCAUGCCACUGCCAAGAAUGGUUAUACUCCUUUACACAUUGCUGCCAAGAAGAAUCAGAUGCAGAUAGCUUCCACACUACUGAACUAUGGAGCUGAGACCAGCACUGUGACGAAGCAAGGGGUCACUCCACUGCAUCUGGCCUCACAAGAGGGCCACACAGAUAUGGUCACCUUGCUUCUGGAAAAAGGAGCCAAUAUCCACAUGUCAACCAAGAGUGGGCUCACGUCCUUGCACCUCGCAGCCCAAGAGGAUAAAGUGAACGUUGCCGACAUUCUCACCAAACACGGGGCUGACCAGGAUGCCUCCACGAAGCUUGGUUACACUCCUCUAAUUGUGGCCUGUCACUAUGGAAAUGUGAAAAUGGUCAACUUUCUUCUGAAACAGGGAGCAAAUGUCAAUGCAAAAACCAAGAACGGCUACACACCUUUGCACCAAGCUGCCCAACAGGGACACACACACAUCAUUAAUGUCCUGCUCCAGCACGGGGCCAAGCCAAAUGCCACCACUGCGAAUGGUAACACAGCCCUGGCGAUUGCUAAGCGGCUGGGCUACAUCUCCGUGGUUGACACCCUGAAGGUUGUGACUGAAGAGGUCACCACCACCACCACGACUAUCACAGAAAAACACAAGCUGAAUGUUCCUGAGACGAUGACGGAGGUCCUUGAUGUUUCUGAUGAAGAGGGCGAUGACACCAUGACUGGAGACGGAGGAGAAUACCUUAGGCCAGAAGAUCUCAAAGAACUCGGCGAUGACUCCCUGCCCAGCAGUCAGUUCCUGGAUGGCAUGAACUACCUUCGGUACAGCCUGGAGGGAGGGAGAUCUGACAGCCUUCGAUCCUUCAGUUCCGACAGGUCUCACACCCUGAGCCACGCAUCGUACCUGAGGGACAGCGGCAUGAUUGAGGACACGGUUGUGAUUCCCAGCCACCAGGUGUCAGCCCUAGCCAAGGAGGCAGAAAGGAAUUCUUAUCGUCUGAGCUGGGGCACUGAGAACUUAGACAACGUGGCUCUUUCUUCCAGUCCUAUUCAUUCAGGUUUCCUGGUCAGUUUUAUGGUGGAUGCCCGUGGUGGUGCCAUGCGAGGAUGCAGACACAAUGGGCUCAGAAUCAUUAUCCCACCUCGGAAAUGCACAGCGCCAACCCGAGUCACCUGCCGCCUAGUGAAACGCCAUAGACUGGCGACGAUGCCACCAAUGGUGGAAGGGGAAGGCCUGGCCAGCCGCCUGAUUGAAGUGGGACCUUCUGGAGCUCAGUUCCUUGGGCCCGUGAUCGUGGAGAUUCCUCACUUCGCUGCCCUGCGAGGGAAGGAGAGGGAGCUGGUGGUUCUGCGCAGUGAAAAUGGGGACAGCUGGAAAGAACACUUCUGUGAAUACACUGAAGACGAACUGAACGAAAUCCUGAAUGGCAUGGAUGAAGUGCUGGACAGUCCCGAGGACCUGGAAAAGAAACGAAUCUGCCGCAUCAUCACUCGAGACUUCCCACAGUACUUUGCGGUGGUGUCUCGCAUCAAACAGGACAGCAACCUGAUUGGCCCGGAGGGCGGAGUGCUGAGCAGCACUGUGGUGUCCCAGGUGCAGGCUGUCUUCCCUGAGGGUGCACUCACCAAGCGCAUCCGUGUAGGCCUGCAGGCUCAACCUAUGCACAGCGAGUUGGUGAAGAAGAUCCUAGGCAACAAAGCAACCUUCAGCCCUAUAGUCACUUUGGAACCCAGAAGAAGAAAAUUUCACAAGCCUAUUACUAUGACAAUUCCUGUCCCCAAAGCUUCAAGUGAUGUCAUGCUGAAUGGUUUUGGGGGAGACGCACCAACUUUAAGGUUACUAUGUAGCAUAACAGGUGGAACCACGCCUGCGCAGUGGGAAGACAUCACGGGAACUACGCCACUAACAUUUGUCAAUGAAUGUGUUUCCUUUACAACCAACGUGUCUGCCAGGUUCUGGCUGAUAGACUGUCGACAGAUUCAGGAGUCUGUUUCGUUUGCAUCACAAGUGUAUAGAGAAAUUAUCUGUGUACCAUAUAUGGCCAAAUUUGUAGUGUUUGCCAAAUCCCAUGACCCCAUUGAAGCCAGGUUGCGGUGUUUCUGUAUGACAGAUGAUAAAGUCGAUAAGACACUUGAACAACAAGAAAACUUCUCUGAGGUGGCCAGGAGCAGGGAUGUGGAGGUAUUAGAAGGAAAACCUAUUUAUGUUGAUUGUUUUGGCAACCUGGUACCACUAACCAAGAGUGGCCAACAUCAUAUAUUCAGUUUUUUUGCCUUCAAAGAAAACAGACUUCCUCUCUUUGUCAAGGUGCGGGAUACGACUCAGGAACCCUGCGGGCGACUAUCAUUUAUGAAGGAACCAAAAUCCACAAGAGGGCUAGUGCACCAGGCCAUUUGCAACUUAAACAUCACCCUGCCAAUCUAUGCGAAGGAAUCGGAGUCAGAUCAAGAGCAGGAGGAAGAGAUCGGUAUGACAUCAGAAAAAAAUGAUGGGACAGAGUCAUCAGAAACAUCUGUCCUGAAAAGCCACCUGGUUAAUGAAGUUCCUGUCUUAGCAAGUCCGGACUUGCUCUCUGAAGUUUCUGAGAUGAAACAAGACUUGAUCAAAAUGACUGCCAUCUUGACCACAGAUGUGUCUGAUAAGGCAGAUUCUAUCAAAGUGAAGGAGCUGGCCAAGGCCGCUGAAGAAGAGCCAGGUGAACCGUUCGAAAUUGUUGAGAGAGUUAAGGAGGACUUAGAGAAAGUGAAUGCAAUCCUGAGAAGUGGAACCUGUGUGAGAGACGAAGGCAGAGUACAGAGUUCUCAGUCUGAGCAGGAGCUAGAAGAGGAAUGGGUCGUAGUCAGUGAUGAGGAAAUUGAAGAGGCCAAGCAACAUGCACCUGUAGAAAUCACUGAACAGCCAUGUAUAGAAGUCAGAGUAGACAGGGAGACCAAGGUCAAAUCAGUGAAGGACUCCACUGAGUUAGUGAACUACCUUACAGAUGACCUCAAUUCAUACACUUCUCCUCAUGAAAAGAAGCCACAAGCAGCUCGAGAAAAGUCAGGGGAGACAAGUCAGGCUUCCGCUGUUGGCAAGAGUUCUGAGAGUAAUAAAGGGAAGGCUGCGCCAGCAGAGGAGAAGCAGAGUGCCCAGAAGCAGCCCAAACCCAGCCUGGUGAUAAAAAAGCCAGUUCGGAGGAAACUCAAAGAAAAGCAGAAACAGAAAGAGGAGAGUUCCCAAGGCGGCGAAGAAACAACCGAACUCAGGAAAGGUAGUUCAGAGGAGUCGGUGGAUGAAGAGCGAGGCCUGGCCCCUGAACCCCUUCCCACGGCCAAGGCCACCUCUCCUCUGAUAGAAGAAACUCCUAUUGGUUCCAUAAAGGACAAAGUAAAGGCUCUUCAGAAGCGAGUCGAAGACGAGCAGAAAGGUCGAAGCAAGCUGCCGGUCAGAGUCAAAGGCAAAGAGGACGUGCCUAAAAAGACCACGCCCAGGACACACCCGGCUGUGUCACCCUCUUCAAAGUCCUCCCCUUCCUCUAAAACUGAACGGCACUCUACCCUUUCUUCCUCUGCAAAAACGGAAAGACACUCGCCAGUGUCACCAUCAAGCAAAACUGAGAGACACUCACCAGUGUCGCCCUCGGCCAAAACCGAACGACAUUCGCCAGUAUCAUCAGGUAAAGCUGAGAAACAUUCACCUGGAUCCCCCUCAACAAAAAAUGAAAGGCAUUCCCCUGUGUCAUCUCUAAAAACGGACCGACACACACCUGUGUCACCUUCAGGCAAAACAGACAAACGUCCACCAGUGCCAUCAUCUGGAAGGACAGAGAAACACCCUCCAGUGUCGCCCGGGAGGACGGAAAAACGCUUGCCAGUUUCACCUUCUGCGAGAACCUCAGAGAAGCAGGCACCUGUGUCGACUGCUGGGAAAAAUGAAAAGCACCUGCCUGUGUCACCCGGAAAGACAGAAAAGCAGCCACCUGUCUCUCCCACCUCCAAAACAGAACGAAUCGAGGAGACCAUGUCUGUCCGGGAGUUGAUGAAAGCGUUCCAGUCAGGUCAGGACCCCUCUAAACACAAAACAGGACUCUUUGAGCACAAAGCAGCAAAGCAAAAACAGUCCCAAGACAAAAGUAAAACUCGGGUAGAGAAAGAAAAGGGGCACACAGUAACCCAGAGAGACUCUCAGAGGGUAGAAAAUCAGACAGUCAAGCGUGGCCAGAGAUUUCCAGUGGCAGCAGCUUCAGAAUCCAGAAGAUUCCGUUCUUCCACCAUCACUGUGGGGCUCAGGACAGAAGAUCCGGUCAGAGAAAAGUUUGAGAAAGCCCCCAUUAUCAAAACACCUGAGCCGGUUCCAUCAGUGGUAGCAGAAGAAAGCCGUCGGGGCAGUGAGACCCUUCAAGACAAGAUGGCUGAUGAGCAAGGAGACAUGGACCUUCAGAUCAGCCCAGACAGGAAAACCUCCACUGACUUUUCUGACAUUAUCAAGCAAGAGUUAGAAGACAAUGACAAAUACCAGGAAUUCCGCCUCACUGAGGAGACAGAAAAGGCUCAGGUUCACUUAGACCAAGUCAUCACGAGUCCUUUCAACACAACAUUUCCACUCGAUUACAUGAAAGAUGAGUUCCUUCCAGCUCUGUCUUUGCAGAGCGGUGCUAUGGGCGGCAGUUCUGAAAGCCUGAAACAGGAAGUGGUAGCAGGCUCGCCCUGUGGCAGCCUGAUGGAAGGCACCCCUCAGAUCAGUUCGGAAGAGAGCUACAAGCACGAGGGCCUAGCGGAAACGCCCGAGACAAGUCCAGAGAGUCUGUCUUUCUCACCAAAGAAAAGUGAGGAGCAAAUUGGAGAGAUCAAGGAAGCCAAGGCAGAAACACCCGCCGAAAUUCCUUCAGAAAAAGAGCUUCCUAUAACGGAAGACAUUAACGAUAGUCCUGAAACACAGGGUGCUGUGGUCACGGGGGCUUCAGAGCCUUCUACUGAGCAAUCUCAGAAGGAGGUCACCCAAGAUGUGUGCUCCAAACAAGAUGGUUGCCCGAGCAGCCACAGUGUAUCAUUAGCAAAUGAAACGUGCCAGGCAUUUACUGAGAAAGGGUCCUGUGAUGAAAGUCAGCUCCCCCUUGUUAGUUCAGCCUCUAGGCCACAACCAGAGAGUGACACUCAGGAAUCCACUACUCCCUCCGAGGUGACAAAGGCCUGCCCACCAUCUGAUGCUUCUGUGAAGACAGGUGAGGGAACAGAACCAAAGCCCCAGGGAGCCAUUAGAAGUCCCCAAGGGUUAGAACUUCCACUCCCUAGCCGGGAUAGUGAGGUCCUCAGCCCGGUGGCUGAUGAAUCAUUAGCAGUGAGCCACAAAGACUCUUUAGAAGCCAGCCCUGUGCUGGAAGAUAACUCCUCACAUAAAACUCCCGAUUCUCUCGAACCAAGUCCUCUAAAAGAGUCUCCUUGCAGGGACUCCCUUGAAAGCAGCCCAGUUGAGCCUAAAAUGAAAGCAGGAAUUCUCCCAAGUCACUUUCCUCUCCCUGCAGCUAUUGCCAAAACAGAUCUUGUUGCUGAAGUGGCUUCCAUGCGUUCUCGGCUGCUCCGAGACCCUGAUGGCAGUGCUGAGGAUGAUAGUCUUGAGCAGACAUCACUCAUGGAGAGCUCAGGGAAAAGCCCCCUCUCCCCUGACACUCCCAGCUCUGAAGAAGUUAGCUAUGAGGUCACACCCAAGACUUCAGAUUCAAGUACACCCAAACCAGCUGUGAUUCAUGAAUGUGCAGAGGAGGAGGACUCUGAAAACGGGGAGAAAAAGAGGUUCACACCAGAAGAGGAAAUGUUCAAAAUGGUAACCAAAAUUAAAACAUUUGAUGAACUUGAGCAAGAAGCAAAGCAGAAAAGGGAUUACAAAAAAGAACCCAGGCAAGAUGGAUCCUCUUCGGCCUCGGAUCCUGAUGCUGACUGCUCGGUAGAAGUGGAUGAACAGAAACAGAUGGAGAGCAUGGAUGACGAGAGUGAGGUCCCUGUCGUGGUGACUUCAGAGAGCAGAAAAGCGUCUUCCUCCUCUGAAAGUGAACCUGAGCUGACCCAGCUGAGUAAAGGUGCUGACUCAGGACUCCUGACAGAGCCAGUUAUUCGAGUGCAACCUCCAUCUCCUCUCCCAUCCAGCAUAGACUCCAAUUCCAGCCCUGAAGAAUCACAGUUCCAGCCUAUAGUUUCCAAACAGUACACUUUCAAGAUGAACGAGGAGACUCAAGAAGAGCCGGGUAACUCAGAAGAAGACAAAGAUUAUGGAUCUCCUUUAGCUGAAGACAGUCAGGCUCGUUCUACUGAUGGUGUUGAUAGGUCUUCUGAUGAUCUGGACAGAGAGACUCAUCCGUCAGAUACCUGUGAUGGCCACGGUUGUGAGGCUGUGGGUCCUAGCAACUCUGCCACCCUUGCCUCCCUAGGGGUUCAGAGUCCAACACCUAACAAUGCUGAUGAGCAGCUGGCCAUGGAAAAAGGGUCACUGGCUCCCCAGGAUACUUGUGAAAAUGACCCAAAAGGAAGAGAGCUUGAUCCUUCUGAAGUAGAAUCUACACGAGCAGAUCUCCCCAGUGAAAGCUCUUCCUUGUCUUCUUUGUCUCAUUGUGCAGCAUCUGGAAGAAAGGAAACAGCUGAAAAAAUAUCCUCUCCAUCUUCCACUGGAAAAGUAGAGGUCACAAUAACCGAUCAGACUUUGGAGAGCAGGUCAAAGGACUGUCCCACUCAAGACUCAUCUACCACAACUCAAACAGAUAGGUUUGCCAUGGACGUUCCAAUGUCUGAUUUAGCUGAGACUGAUGAAAAUUCUGAUCCUCAAAUAACCAGCCCCUAUGAAAAUGUUCCUUCCUCAUCAUUUUUCUCUGGGGAGGACAGCAAAAUACAAACGGAUACAUGUCGUACCACAGUUGUUUGUUUACCUGAAGUGUAUUCUGUUGUCAUCAGAUCCUCUGCUGAGGAUGUUGUAACGGCAGCCUCCUCUAGCAGAACCGUCUCCAGCCAAGAAUCGAAUUUUGAGAGCCAUGACCUGGAAACUGAACCCGAGCAAAACAGUACCCUGUGGGGCACGCAGCAGUCAAAUGGAUCUUCCUCAUCCGUAUCCCCCACUACACCAAACGCACCAGCAGUCAUUGGUGAGCAAGUGAGCAAAGUCAUCAUCACGAAAACUGAUGUGGAUUCUGACUCCUGGAGUGAAAUCCGUGAAGAUGACGAAGCCUUUGAAGCUCGGGUGAAAGAGGAAGAGCAGAAGAUAUUUGGCUUGAUGGUAGACAGACAGUCACAGGGCACCACUCCCGAUACCACUCCGGCUAGGACUCCCACUGAGGAGGGGACCCCGACAAGUGAACAGAACCCAUUCCUCUUUCAGGAAGGAAAGUUGUUUGAGAUGACCCGAAGCGGUGCCAUCGACAUGACCAAACGGUCCUAUGCGGAUGAAAGUUUGCACUUUUUCCAAAUUGGUCAAGAUUCCAAUGAAGAGACUCUCUCCGAAGACCUGAAGGAAGGGGCCACAGGGGCUGAGCUGCCACAGCUGGAAAACACAAACGAGUCACUGGAACUUUCAGAAUCCAAAGAAGCCAUGGAUGAUGAGGGAGAAUUGCUUCCUGAUGAUGUGAGUGAGGAAAUAGAGGAAUCAGCUGCCUCAGAUCAUAACCUUGACUCUCAAGUGAUGGUUUCAGCUUCCUCGGAAAUGCCCACAAGAGAGGCUGUAUCCACAGCAGUUGAGGACCUCCCUACCGUGCAGUUGAGUGACACAUCUUCUCUGAGCACUGUGAAGCAGAAGCCUUGCCCUGCCUCCCCCCAACCUGUUGUUCAGUUGGACUUGAACACAGUCACUAGGUCUGUUCAUUCAGAUCGGGAUGACGAGUCCCCAGACUCUUCUCCGGAGGAACAGAAAUCUGUGAUUGAGAUCCCUACUGCACCCAUGGAAAAUGUGCCUUCUGCUGAAAGCAAACCUCAAAUUCCUGUAAGGACUCUCCCUACUUCAGGCCCAAUCCCUCCAUCGGUGGAGGACGAGAGCGCAUUUUCUGAUGAGUUCCCAUCUGGUAUAGAUGAGGAAAGCAAGGAUGAUGAAGCAAAACCAAAGUCCAAAAUCCCCAUCAAAGCACCCACCCAAAGACCUGAGUGGCAGCUCUCCUAUCCAGACACAUCUCUCCAGAAGACAGCUGUUCCCCAGGGACAGGGCACACAAAGCAGAGCAGCAGACGGUAGAAGCAAAUCUGAAUCAGAUGCUAGUCCUUCGGACGCUAAGACCAAAUGCCCAGUAAAAGCCAGAAGUUACAUUGAGACAGAAACAGAGAGCAGGGAGAGGGCAGAAGGGUUUGACUCAGAAUCCGAAGAGGGGGCCACAAAACCAAAGCUGUUUGCAUCCCGAUUGCCAGUUAAGAGCAGAAGCACCCCAUCUUCCAGCAGGACAGGCAUGAGCCCCACAAAAGAGAGUAGGGAGCACUUCUUUGACCUUUAUAGAAACUCCAUAGAAUUUUUUGAGGAGAUUAGUGAUGAGGCUUCCAAAUUAGUGGACAGGCUCACACAGUCAGAAAGGGAGCAGGAGCCACCUUCAGAUGAUGAAAGUAGUAGUGCCCUAGAAGUGUCAGUCAUUGAGAAUCUGCCACCUGUUGAGACUGAGCAUUCAGUUCCUGAGGACAUCUUUGACACAAGGCCCAUUUGGGAUGAGUCCAUUGAGACUAUGAUUGAACGCAUCCCUGAUGAAAAUGGCCAUGACCGAGCUGAAGAUCCCCAAGAUGAGCAGGAGCGGAUUGAAGAAAGGCUGGCUUACAUUGCUGAUCAUCUCGGCUUCAGCUGGACAGAAUUAGCAAGAGAACUGGAUUUCACUGAGGAGCAAAUUCAUCAAAUUCGAAUUGAGAAUCCCAACUCCCUUCAAGACCAGAGCCAUGCCCUGCUGAAGUACUGGCUGGAGAGGGAUGGGAAGCAUGCCACAGAUGCUAUCCUCAUUGAAUGCCUCACCAAGAUCAACAGGAUGGAUAUUGUACAUCUCCUGGAGACCAACACAGAACCCCUCCAGGAGCGCUUGGGCCACAGCUAUGCAGAAAUGGAGCAGACCAUUGUGCUGGACAACAGUGAAGGCUUUUCAGUUCUUCAGGAGGAGCUCUGUGCUGCCCGGCACAGGCAGAAAGAGGGGCAGGUGGCUUCCAAAGAAAGCGAGUCCAGCGACCACCCACCCAUGGUCUCGGAAGAAGACAUUUCGGUCGGUUAUUCCACAUUUCAGGACAGCAUCCCCAAAACCGAGGGGGACAGCCCAGCAGCAGCACUCUCUCCCCAAACGUACCAGGAACCAGUUCAACAAGAUUUCUCAGGGAAAAUGCAAGACCAGCAGGAAUACUACGUGACAACACCAGGGACAGAAGCGGCAGAGACUCAAAAGGCCACAGCCGUUCCUGGCUCUCUCUGUAAGACUCCUGAGGACGUCAGUACCCCUCCCGAGGAAGCAAAGCCUUGUCUCCAGACCCCAGUGACCAGUGAGCGUUCUUCUCCCAUUGUGCAAGAACCCGAGGAGGCUCCUGAGCCCAAAGAGGAGAGGUCUCCAAGGAAGACCAGCCUGGUGAUAGUGGAAUCGGCAGAUGACCAGCCACAGGUCUUGGAAAGACACGAUGAUGAUGACGUGGCCUUUCAAAAGGAGCUAACAGAGGAAUUAGGGGAGCUGGAGGCCAGCUCUGAUGAGGAGGCCAUGGUAACUACCAGGGUUGUCCGGCGGAGAGUGAUUCUUCAGGGAGAUGAUAUGCCUGACAUACCCCCAGAAAGUGUCACAGAAGAAGAAUAUGUUGAUGAGAAUGGACACACCGUGGUGAAGAAGGUUACCCGGAAAAUCAUCAGGCGGUACGUAUCUUCUGACGGCAUGGAGAAGGAGGAGAUAACGAUGCAGGGAACACCACAGGAGCCAGUCAGCAUCGAGGAUGGGGACAGCUAUUCCAAAGUGAUAAAGCGUGUGGUAUUGAAGAGUGACACUCAGCAGUCAGAGGUGACCUUGUCUGAACCCAGCAUUUUGUCCAGUACCUCACAGUUUCAGGCUGAACCAGUAGAAGGCCGUAGAGUCAGCAAAGUUGUUAAGACAACAGUGGUACAUGGAGAAAGGAUGGAGAAAAGCCUGGGAGACUCUAGCUUAGCCACUGACCUUCCUUCAGCCAAAGAUGACUUUGAAGAGGCUUUGGGUUACACAGGGAGUCACAUGAAAGUCCAUUUCCCCAGUUUAGUAGAGAAUGAAAUCUUGAAGGAGGAUGGAUCAAUAAUUAAGAGGACAACAAUGAAUAAAGCCAGGACACAGAAGAGGGCUGUGGUGAAGGACCAGCAGGGGAAACACAUCAACUUGGAGCACCUGGAGGAUGUUCCCGGAGCACUAGACCAAGACGACCUCCAGAGAGAUCUCCAGCAACUCCUUCGGCACUUCUGCAAGGAGAGCACAAAGCAAGAGGCCAAAUGAGGAGCUGUCCAGUUCUCACCGGGAAACCACACACCCACUCAAUAUGCAACUUCCCAUUUCCUCACAGGAGUGACCUAAGUGGCCUAAUUACUGGGAUCCCGGGACAUUUCCACUCUCGGCAAAUACACGGCAUUUUCUUUUGCUUCCUUCUCCCCCAACCCUCUCUAACUAUAAGCUAAUUUGUGACCAAAGAUAGCAUCCUUCAUUCUGGAUGCUGUAUCCACUAUUUUGAGCAUCCGUGCUAACCUGGGAACUGGCACCUCCAUUGUUCUUUGCUUCUGCACAAGCUCCAUGAAAAUCCACGAAUCAGGAGAACUUCACCUGCAGACUUCUUCAAGUGACAAGAGGGGAAUCCUCCCGAGGAUAUCCGUGCAUAAUGUAUAUAGCUGAAAUUCUCAGAUGAACAACAGAGUAAAGUUUAAACCACUGCCUGUCAUAAUCACACUGGGCAUCAGGAAAUAAAAGCCUCUCAAGAUUGCUGAACAAUGGUUAAUUAAGACAUUGCUAACACAGUUGAAGGGUAAUACCGUUCUACGGAAGGGACACUUCAGACCUAGACAUGUCCUUAGCGCUUCCAGAGUAGCCACUGCUCCUAAAGGCAGGAUCACAACCUUGAAGACUGAUCCCAAGGAGCUGUCUGUAGUACUGGUCAGCCAUUGCCAAUGGCUCUCCGGCUGCCACCCUGAGGGAGGGGAAGAAGGGCGCACAGGCGAGCAGGUGGAAACAAUGAGGUAUUCUGGUGCUAGAAGCUGCAUGGGUGGCGUUCUAGCGCUUUCAGGUGUUUUUGAUUUUGGACUCGUUGGCAGGGUAUUUGAAAAGCUAUAACUACUGUAGUUUUCCAGUGUUCAUUGCUGCUUUAGCAAACCACGCUGUCUUACUGGUGGUACGUUCUUCUGGCCACUGCACUGUAGAUAAUUCAUGGAAACAAGAUGUAUGCGCCACACACAAUGUUAAAUGCUGUCACCAUGUUGGAGUGGUUUCUUUUCUUUUUUUUUUAACCCCACCUCCAGAUGUAUCUCUUAAUACCUGCAUGUGGCAUUAAACACACACACACACACACACACACACAGCCCUUCUUAUCACACUAAUGGUUUUCACUUUCUAGCUAUGUCUGCUUUUCAGUUUGCAGACGAGAUUGAGAAAUCCUUAGAAAAUUUGGUUUUGAUUAAUUUUUUUUAUUUAUUUAUUUGAGACCCAGACACCCUUGGAAACUGAAGUGCAUUUGUGUAACUUUCUGUUUGUUUCAGAGAAGGGACAAUGACAGUCUGAGUGAUUCCCCAUGCCCGACGUCUAAUCCCUCUAGUGGUUGAAGCUGUGUAGCAUUUUAACAUAUAUAUAUAUAUUCACAAAUAUAUUCAUAUAAACAGUAUACGUUUUGAAUCAGUUAUUUGUUAAAGAAAAGUAUAUUCAAUGAAGAUGAAAUUUAAAAAGAAAGAAAGAAAGAAAACAGUGUACUCUCCUGAGACUGAACUUUUUCCGAUCCUAUCUGGCCUUUUCCUGCGUGCAGAACUGACUCAUUGCUCGGAAUGUCCAACACAAACAAGACAAGAAAUGGCACUUCAUCCUUUCAAGUAGCAUUGCCAAGAGAGGAGUUUUCUUGGGAGAGAGGCUUCCCAUCGGCCAAAUCUCCUGAGCCCCCAACAUUAGCACUUUCUGGAGGGGGGGGUGUUGAGUAGAAACAAAGUAUUCUUUGGCACCCAGAACAAGAGAGGCAGGUGGCAGCCCUUUUUGAGAUAUGCCAUGGCCAUCUUGUCAGACCUUCACCGGAGCUCAUGAAAAGCCUUUCUGGUGUGUUCUUUGCAGUGCAGAUGCUGUCUGUGUAGCAACAUAAUGGUUAUUCACCUUUUUUCGAUUUUGACUUUUUUUUUUUUGCUGUGUUAUCAAAAAAAAAAAAAACUUGAAUACUGUGAGAAGAAGUGAAUUUUCAGUUGAUGAAUCAGCAUCUUGUUCCCAUGGUGAUAACACUAAUUGAAUAUAUCUAUGAGGGCAUGUAUUAGUUAAUGGAAAACAAUACAACACUAACAAUACAUAGCUGCAAUGUUGUACAAUGGCUGAUUUAACUAAAUAAACUGUACAAGUGUUAAAUGUG